UUCAAUACCUAGGGAAGCGAGCUUGACUCCCACCAUCAGGUUUUCCCAUCACAGGUUGAUCGAUUAUCCAUCCCUGUGCAGUAUUGAAUCCUUCACUGACAACUUGUAGUUCGUCAAUUCCAUUCCUUCACCAUGUUCUUCAAGCAGGACAGCACGCUAGUCUACGCCUACGACGCGGAGAAGCUCUGGGUCGAGCCAUGGGGUCAGAACGCUCUGCGCAUCCGCGCCACCAAAGCGCGCUGCAUGCCGUCUGAAGACUGGGCACUCCAACCCCCCGCCCAGACAGACGCCGAAAUCAGCAUCUCGGACGACUCCGCCUGCGUGGUCAACGGCAAGAUCAAGGCCGUCAUCUCGAAGCGCGGGAAGCUGAUGGUCUGGAACUCCCGGGGGGAGCUGCUGCUCGAGGAGUACACGCGCAACCGCCGUGACGUGCUCGAUCCCAAGUGCAGCGCCAUCGAGGUCGAGGCGCGCGAGUUCAAGCCCACGCCCGGCAGCGACUCGUACCACCUGACGAUGCGCUUCGAGAGCGUCGACCCGGGCGAGAAGCUCUUCGGCAUGGGCCAGUACCAGCAGCCCUUCUUCGACCUCAAGGGCGCCGACCUGGAGCUGGCGCACCGCAACUCGCAGGCCAGCGUGCCCUUCCUGCUCUCGUCGCUGGGGUACGGCUUGCUGUGGAACAACCCGGCCGUCGGGCGCGCCGUGCUGGGGAAGAACAUCAUGAGCUUCGAGGCGUAUUCCACGGCCGUGCUCGACUACUGGAUCGUGGCGGGCGACACGCCUGCCGAGAUCGUCGAGUCGUACGCCGACGCCACCGGGAAGGUGCCCAUGAUGCCGGAAUACGGCCUGGGGUUCUGGCAGUGCAAGCUGCGCUACCAGACGCAGGAGGAGCUGCUCGGGGUCGCGCGCGAGUACAAGCGGCGGAACCUGCCCCUGGACCUCAUCGUCAUCGACUUCUUCCACUGGCCCUUGCAGGGCGAGUGGAAGUUCGACCCGACGUACUGGCCGGACCCGGACGCCAUGGUCAAAGAGCUCCAAGAGAUGGGGGUCGAGCUCAUGGUGUCCAUCUGGCCGACGGUCGACACGCGGUCCGAGAACUACGACGAGAUGGUCGAGCGCGGCUACCUGGUCCGCACCGACCGGGGGAUGCGCAUCGGCAUGGACUUCCAGGGCAACACGAUGCACUUCGACGCGACCCACCCGGACGCGCGCAGGUACGUCUGGGACAAGGCCCGGCAGAACUACUACGCCAAGGGCAUCAAGGUCUUCUGGCUGGACGAGGCCGAGCCCGAGUACUCGGCCUACGACUUCGACAACUACCGCUACCACCUGGGGCCCAACCUGCGCGUCGGCAACGUCUACCCGCGCGAGUACGCGCGCGCCUUCUACGACGGCCUCCGCCGCGAGGGCCACGCGCAGAUCGUCAACCUGGUGCGGUGCGCGUGGGCCGGCAGCCAGAAGUACGGGGCGCUGGUGUGGAGCGGCGACAUCGCGUCGUCGUGGUCCAGCCUGCGCAACCAGCUCGCCGCGGGCCUGCACAUGGGGCUCGCGGGCCUGCCCUGGUGGACGACCGACAUCGGCGGCUUCCACGGCGGCGACCCGCGCGACGAGGGCUUCCGCGAGCUGUUCGUGCGCUGGUUCCAGUGGGGCGCCUUCUGCCCCGUCUUCCGCCUGCACGGCGACCGCGAGCCGCGCCAGCCGCAGCACGGCACCACCGGCGGCGCGACCUGUCGCAGCGGUGCGCCCAACGAGGUGUGGUCGUACGGCGAGAGGGUGUACGGCAUCUGCGCCAAGUACAUGGCGAUUCGGGAGCGGCUGCGGGACUACACGCGCGGCUUGAUGGAGGAGGCGCAUGAGAAGGGGACGCCCGUGAUGCGGCCGCUGUUCUACGAGUUUCCGGAGGACCCGCGCUGCUGGGAGACGGGCGAGCAGUUCAUGUUUGGCGGCAGGUAUCUGUGCUGCCCCGUGCUGCGGCCCGGGGUGGAUAAGAUGGAGGUGUAUCUGCCUGCUGGAGCGACAUGGAAGGCCUUUGAGGGAGAGCAUGAGUGGAGCGGUGGGAGGACGGUCGAGGUGGCUUGUCCCUUGGAGUCUAUGCCCGUUUUUGAGAGGAGAGCGCUCUCGGAGAUUCCGGUCCGCUGAAAUACAGAAUGGCCCGAGAGAGGUUAAUGGUUAAUGGAUGGAUGGAUAUCCAAAGAUGGUUAGAUGAUGGUGUGUGAUACUAGGACUGUUCUAAAGGACGGUGCCAUUCUAAUGAUUGUAUGUACGAGUUGCCACCACCUCACCUACAGCUGGUACACCCACCGCGCGU